UGUAUUAUAUUUAGAUCUAGUAUUGGUUUUGAUCAUACGCAAUUCACUCCUCCAGUGGAAUGUCCCGAAAGUCUAUAAGUUUUAUAAACCAGUGUUGUGUAGAGCGACAUCUAAAUCGUGCAGCCUUCCCCCCAGUUCAGUGCUGCUUUCUAUCAUACAGAAAAAGUGCCACACUCUCAUUCCUUCAGAGAAGAGAAACAUAAUUUCAUCAUUUAGCAGAAGUGCCACACUCUCUCAUUUCUCCAGAGGACAGAAACAUUAAUUCUUCCCUUAGGAAAAGUGCCACACUCUGUCAUUCCACCAGAAAGGAGCAACAUUGACAUUUCUUUUACUGAGAAGAGCCGCGUUCUUUCGUUCCUCCAUAAAACUACAAAACUUCUCUAUUGAGACGAGUGGCACAACGAUCCUCAUCGAAGACAUCCAGACGACGUUCAGCUUGACAUCAACAGUCUGUUAACUGCGGCUGCCAGACUUUUCCAUCGUUGCGCUUUUGGAGCAAGAAGUGCCUCCGCCCAGCUCAAGAAAAUGGAAUCUUGAAAACGUCCGACUACAUACACACAGGAACAGAAUCCAAGAUGGCGGAUACGUCUUCACCCUUCGUUAAAAAUCUGGAAGUAAUAAUUGGAUCCAGUUUCACGGGUUCGAUACUUAGCUUGGCCUACGAGCUGGGGAUUCUUCAAGCUCUCAUGGAUGCCAUGGAGCCCAUGACGUCACAGCAAGUAGCAGACGGCACAAAUCUCAAGGAGAGGUAUGUGAGAGAGUGCCUGAACUGCCUGGUGUGCGCCCAGAUUGUGGAGGCAAGCAAAGAUGGCGGCGGCACGGUGCGGUAUCACGUGACCCCGGAGCUGGGCGUGGCUCUGCAAUCGUCCAGUACUCAGAUGAUUGGCAUGUUGGCUUCCCAGUUCAUGCGCUACAAGGGCAUUAUGGACUGCUUCAAGAAAGAAGGACCUUACAGUUACCCAUUUGCUGAAGACAUGGAGUCAAUGGCUGGCAUAGACAAGGUGAGCGCUAGCAAAAUGGAGUUGGAGAGAGAACUCAUUCUGUCCAAUAUGCCGGGCCUGAGAGAAAAACUCGAGUCUGGGAUCAACGUCAUCGAAAUUGGCAGCGGCCGCGGGAGUGCACUCUGUGACCUGGCGCAAAAGUUUCCCAACUCCAAGUUCACCGGCAGCGAAUACGUCCAAUCAGCUGUCCAGAUUUUACAGGAUAAAGUGAAAAAGCUCAACCUGAGCAACAUUGAGAUGGUGCAACUGGACAUUCUUGACAUCCCAGACGCCUACACCGGCAAAUUUGACUUCCUCUUAAUCAAUGACGUCAUUCACGAUCUCCCUAACCCCCUGGGCGGACUCAAAGGGUGUCGAAAAGUUCUCAAGACCGGGUCCCACUUUGCUUUCAUGGAAAUCGAUGGAACUGGUGACGUCACGGCCAACAAAGACGUCCCCGGAUGUUCCCUUCUGUACGGUGUGAGCAUCUUUAACUGUGUGCCUCAGGCAUACCAGAGUGAGGAUUCUACCGCCUACGGGGCGUGUUGGGGGCGGGCUGAGGCCGCGAGAUUGGCAGGGGAGGCGGGGUUUAAAGUGGUCAGCCAGCACAACCACAGCGGCUUUUUCGUGUUGCACGCGUGUCAGGCUGUGUAGAUGUACAUGAGCGUGUGUGUGUGUGUGUGUGUGUGUGUGUGUGUGUGUGUGUGUGUGUGUGUGUGUGUGUGUGUGAAGCUGUGUCACAUUGCUCCGUGUCGGGAAGAUUACUCAUGUGUGUCAAGCUGUGUUAAAACAUGUAAACUUACACAGUUCGUGGCAGACCUUGUAAACUAUUCCGUGCAUUAUUCAUUCAAGAUAACUUUCAUACUAAUUCAACAAUACACAUUUGACAUAAAUUAA